AUUAAUAAAUUACCCUUAAUUCAUUUUCCAUGUUUUCACCGUUGUCACUAGUACAUAAGAAAGGAAUCCACAAAGCGUUUUGUAUACAAUUAACAUGGACACCAUCAAUCUCUUUCUCUAUCUUUUCCUCUCUGUUUUCGCCUUUUUUCUCCUCCGGGCUAUGGCGGCGGCCCAUCUUCGCCGGCGUAAAACUCGACUCCCGCCGGGAACCGUUGGCUUGCCCUUUAUAGGAGAAACCCUCCAGUUAAUUUCUGCCUACAAGACCGAAAACCCCGAACCGUUCAUCGAUGACAGGGUUUCUAAAUACGGCAACAUUUUCACCACCCAUAUCUUUGGUGAACCGACGGUUUUCUCCGCUGACCCGGAAACGAACCGGUUUAUUUUGCAGAAUGAAGGCCGGCUUUUCGAGUCCAGUUAUCCCGGUUCGAUACAGAAUUUGCUAGGGAGGUAUUCUCUCUUGCUUAUGAGAGGAACUCUACACAAAAGAAUGCAUUCUUUAACUAUGAGUUUUGCUAAUUCUUCCAUCCUUAAGGACCAUCUAUUGGCCGACAUAGAUCGGUUGGUAAGGCUUAAUUUGGAUUCCUGGACCGGCCGUGUUUUCCUCAUGGAGGAGGCCAAGAAGAUAACGUUUAAUCUAACAGUGAAGCAGCUGAUGAGUUUUGAUCCAUGCGAUUGGACAGAAAACCUCAUGAAAGAGUACAUGCUUGUAAUUGAAGGCUUCUUCAGCAUUCCUUUGCCUAUCUUCUCAUCCACCUACCGCAAGGCCAUUCAAGCGAGAAGGAAAGUAGCGGAGGCGUUAGGAUUAGUGGUGAGAGAUAGGAGGAAAGAGAGAGAAGGAGGAGAGAGAAAGAAUGAUAUGUUGGAGGCCUUGUUUGAAGGAGACGGCGGGGGAGUUGAAGGAGGAGGAGGCUUUUCCGAUGAGGAAAUUGUCGAUUUUAUGCUCGCCUUGCUUGUUGCUGGCUAUGAAACUACCUCUACCAUCAUGACCCUUGCUGUCAAAUUCCUCACCGAGACACCCCAUGCUCUCUCACACCUUAAGGAAGAGCACGAGGAGAUCAGGUUAAGAAAAGGUGAAAUUGAGUCUUUACAAUGGGAGGAUUACAAGUCAAUGCCCUUUACUCAAUGCGUUGUUAAUGAAACUCUGCGCAUCGCUAACAUAAUUAGUGGAGUGUUCAGGAGAGCUAAGACUGACAUAAGUAUCAAAGGUUAUACCAUUCCAAAAGGUUGGAAGGUUUUUGCUUCUUUCCGAGCUGUUCAUCUAGACCAUGUACAUUUCAAGGAUGCACGUACAUUUGAUCCAUGGAGGUGGCAGAGUAGUGCAGGACCGACAAGCUCACCUAACGUAUUCACACCAUUUGGCGGGGGACCUCGUCGCUGUCCUGGUUAUGAGCUUGCUAGAGUGGAACUCUCUGUUUUCCUUCACCACUUGGUGACUCGUUUUAGUUGGGUACCGGCUGAGCCAGAUAAACUAGUAUUCUUCCCAACGACAAGGAUGCAGAAGCGGUAUCCAAUUAUCGUCCAACAUCGAAGCUUGUUUGAGCCGUGUAAAGAAUGAGGUGGCUGCGUUAGCAGAGAGAAGAAGAGAACGGUUUCUGAGAUUGUAGGAUGCAGAGUGGUAGCGAAGGGAGCUGUAUGAAAGCUGUUAAAUAAGACAAUGGUAUAUAGGUGGAGCAUAUACAUAGGAAAUUAAAUUAUUUUGUAGUGAAUUGAGCAGAGAUCACAUUCCUCUCCGCUACGAAUGAAAGGGGAAUCAGGAAGAUUUUAUUCUGAGCAAGUGGUUAUUUAUAAUAUUAAUUAAUGUGAA